AUGAAAUCAAACAGCUUGAUGUUUGCUUUAUUGAGCGUAGUUGUAAGCGUAGUGAUCUUAUGCAUCACACAUUGGAUUUACAAGUGGAGGAACCCAAAAUGCAAAGGAAAGCUCCCACCAGGCUCCAUGGGCUUCCCUCUUCUUGGAGAGACCAUUCAAUUCUUCGCUCCCUAUAGGGCAAAUAACAUUUCUCCUUUUAUCACGAAGAAAAUGGAGAGGUAUGGUUCUAUAUUUAAAACCAACUUGGUUGGUCAUCGACUGAUCGUUUCCACCGACGCGGGAUUCAAUAGUUUCAUUUUUCAACAAGAAGGGAAGUUAUUUCAGUGUUGUUACCCAAAGAGCUUCAACGAGAUUGCAGGGAGAGAAAAUAUGGUUUCUGCUGAAGGUUUUCUGCACAAGUAUCUAAGAAACUUAGUUAUGAACCUUGUUGGUAAUGAAAGUAUGAAACAAAAACUUAUCCCUAAAGUUGAAAAAAUGGUAUGCGAACAUCUACAGAGUUGGUGCGGACAGGCAAGUAUUGAGUUGAGAGAAGCUGUUGCUAAGAUGGAGUUUAGCUUUGGUGCCAAAAUUCUGCUUAGUUACAGCGAAUCAAAGUCAUCAAAGAACCUGAAACAAGCUUAUGCCGAUUUCCAACAUGGCUUAAUUUCAUUUCCCUUGAACAUUCCUGGAACUGCUUAUUGGAAAUGUUUACAGGGACGCAAGAAAGCGGUAGAGAUAAUAAAAAGUAUUUUGGAGGAAAGGCGCGCAACCCCAAGGAAGAGGCAGGAGAAAGACUUCCUUGAUCUUGUGAUAGAGGAAAUUAAGAAAAAUGGGAGUUUGAUGACAGAGGCAAUUGCUUUGGAUUUGCUAUUUAUACUUGUUUUUGCUGCCUUUGAAACUACUUCAAUUGCUCUGACAUUAGCUGUUAAAAAUGUUUGUGAACAUCCCAAAGUGCUGGAAGAAUUGACUAAAGAACAUGAAGCGAUUCUGAGGAACAGAAAAAAUAUUGAUUCUGGAAUCACUUGGCAAGAAUACAAAUCAAUGACUUUCACACAUACGGUUAUCCAUGAAACAGUAAGGCUAGCAAAUAUUGUCCCAGGAAUUUUUAGGAAGGUGCUCAAAGAUGUUGACAUAAAAGGAUAUACUAUUCCAGCAGGUUGGAUUGUUAUGGUCUGUCCACCGGCUGUGCAUAUGAAUCCGAAGCAAUACGAUGAUCCUUUCACCUUCAAUCCAUGGCGAUGGCAGGGGCAAGAACUAAAUGCAGGAUCGCAAAAAUUUAUGGGUUUCGGAGGCGGUUCAAGACUUUGUGCUGGAGCCGAAUUUUCUAAGUUGCAAAUGGCCAUUUUUCUUCACCAUUUGGUCACAAAAUACAGGUGGAGAGUGAUCAAGGGAGGAGAUAUCAUCAGAAUUCCAGCUGUUAUGUUUCCAAAUGGUUUCCACAUUCAAAUAUUGGAGAAGAAUAUCCAAAAGGAUGCCACAACAACUGAAUCAAGGGAAACAGUGUAAACUUCUUCUGAUUAUCUGCCUCCAUCGGGUCCGUCAGUUGGAUUUGCCUAAUUUCUACUAUGCUACUGUAUUUGUUGCCCUCGUUAAUAAUCUAGAUAUCACGUUGAUGUCUAUGAACUACC